CAAAAACGUGAAUUAAGUAUGGAAACAGAGGCACCAUAUGAUGAAUUAAAAGAAAAAAUCAGACGAAAGCUCCCAAGAGAAAAAGCCCAUCCCCAUUAGGCCAUUACAUCAGAAUCUUUUUGAGCCCCUCAAAUUUUGCUCACCUUCUUAUAUUUAGGCGGGGACUUGUAAAACUUUCACACUUUAGAAGAGGAAAAAAGAACAAUUUUUUUUUUUUUAACCUUUUUUCAUUUUUUUCAGCAAACAAGAAAAUGUGAAUUGAUCUGUUUAUUUUGUCUCCAUUCUUGCAGAGCUAGAGUGCAGUGACCGUAUCUUUUUUUCAUUUUUCACUUUAUUUCACUAUUUCUUAGAGUUUAAACCCUACCCCAAAUUUCCCCCUCCAAAGCAGACAUUGUCUACGAACUAGAUUUCGAGCUUUUUAGCUGUACAUUCUUAAUUUCAGCCCACACCUUAUUAAUGGCGGUAGACUGGUAGAGAGAUUUUCAAUUCAGCUCCGUUCAGAUCUAAAGUUCAAUUCUUUAUAGAAAAAAAAGAAACCCAUUUGUUUUCUCCAACUCUCACUGUCUUAGUCACUUUUCCUGAGAGGAUGUCGGUGGAAAUGGGAGGUGUUGGCGGUGGGCGCGGCGGAGGAAUGGAGGUCGCCGCCGCCGCUGCCGGUAACAUUGAUCCGAGUAACCUCCACUUGAAGAAAGAGUUGACGCAGAUACGAAAAGCUGCGAGGGUUUUGAGAGACCCGGGCACAUCCUCAUCUUGGCGGUCGCCUCUCCACUCUGCAAGAUCUCUUACAAAACACCAUUACGUACAUCACCACAAAAGCGGACACAUUGACGGUAAUGAAAUAAUUCCUUCAUCCGAACAUAAUGUCCAAAGUAAUCCUAAUAAUCUUGCCAGUGGCGCUGGUGCCCUUUCCAGUGACAAGGGCAAUGUGGGUUCUAAAGAAAGAGAAAAAAAGGUAUUUUUGUACAACUGGAAGAGCCAGAAAUCCGAGAGUGAGAAAAGCAAGCAGAUUUGUAAUGACGAUGAGGAUGACGGUGACAAUAACGUUGAUGAUGUCGAGGUUAACAGCAAGGACGGAGGAGGCUCUUGUUCGGCUAGCCUCGAUGUUGAUAGCUCGAGUGAUGCAAGGAAUAAUGCUUCACACAUCUUUAGGUGUAAAAAUACAGACUUCACGCCUUCCAUCAUGCGCACGAUCAAGAAGAAGUCUAGAAGGAUUAGCUACAGUUCCAGUGCAGUUUUAAGGCACCAUAACGAAAAACUGCCGAAGCAGAUCUUACUGGACAGGCACACAAAACACGCCUUGUUAAGGAGAGAUGAUUUGGUCAGCUUGGUUGACCAAUCGGAUGACGCCGAGGAUUUCUGUAAUUCUCCAUUGCUUUCAAGAUUCAAGAAUAACGGUACCCGGGCCCACCUGGCAACUAAGAUCUUAUCAAAGAGCCAUUACAGAAAAGAAGACGAUUAUAGUACUCAGAACCCAAGUUUGGUCGAGUCUUGGGAUGGGACCACUGGCUCGUUUGCCGAUGAUGAGGUGGAAGACCAAUUGGAUUUACCUGGUCGUCAGGGGUGCGGGAUUUCUUGCUAUAACUGGUCGAGAAGGUCAACCCCAAAGUCAAGGGCUGGCUAUGGAAGCUCAUGUUCCCCCUCGUUUUCCGACACUUUACGAAGGAAGGGGAGUAGCAUUUUCUGUGGGGCCCAGUCCAUGCAUCAAAUGAGACGCCGCUCAAACAAGAGGAGAUCCGGCCAAAGUCUGGUCCCACUCCUCACGAACAAUGGUCAGAGAGGGUCGUCAUCUGUCGGCAGUGAUGAUGAGCUGUCGAUGAAUCUUUGGGAGCUCGAUUUUGAGGCAUUGAGUCGUUUGGACGGGAGGAGAUGGUCCUCGAGCUGUAGGAGUCAAGAGGGUUUGGAGAUAGUCGCAUUUAAUGGCGACGUGCAGGAAGAGAGCUCGCCCGAGAAUAUAAGAAGCUUGAGCCAUAAAUACCGGCCGAUGUUUUUCGAGGAGUUGAUUGGUCAGAAUCUAGUUGUCCAGUCUCUGAAGAACGCGAUCUCGAGAAAAAGGGUGGCGCCUGUGUAUCUCUUCCAAGGUCCACGUGGCACAGGGAAAUCCUCGGCGGCUAGAAUCUUUGCUGCAGCCAUAAAUUGCCUUGCGUCCGAGGAGAAUAACAAGCCGUGUGGCGUCUGCAGGGAGUGUGCCGAUUUCGUAACUGGAAAGAGCACUCGUCUUGUGGAAGCUGACGGGUCGACUAAAAUGGGAAUCGAAAAAAUCAAGAAUCUCUUGAAAAGUCUAUUAGUGGGUCGCGAGCGGGCACUAAUUCCGGAGUUUAUGGUUUUCGUGGUCGAUGAGUGCCACCUGUUGCCCUCGAGGAUGUGGCUGGCUUUCCUCAGGCUUCUAGAAAAACCUUUGCCGCAUAUUGUAUUUGUUCUUGUGACGAAUGACGUGGAUAACAUGCCGCGUGCUGUGCUGUCCAGAUGUCAGAGGCAUCUUUUUAGUAAGAUUGGGUGUGGGGACAUUGUGGCUCGGCUUAGGAAGAUUGGGGAUGAGGAGAAUUUGGAUGUCGAUUGUGAUGCGUUGGAUAUGAUUGCCUUGAAUGCGGAUGGCUCGUUGAGGGAUGCAGAGACCAUGUUGGACCAGUUGAGUUUGUUCGGGAAGAGGAUUAGCAUCUCCUUGGUGAACGAGCUGAUUGGGGUUGUUUCUGACGAAAAGUUGUUGGAGCUAUUGGAAUUAGCCAUGUCGUCAAAUGCGACAGAGACAGUGAUUCGAGCCCGGGAAUUGAUGGAUUCGGGAGUGGAUCCAAUAGUUUUGAUGUCUCAAAUGGCAACCCUUAUUGUGGAUAUUAUUGCUGGAACUUACCACCAUGAUUCUUUCCUUGGUGGAAGAAAUUUGUCCGAACGAGAAUUAGAGCGGCUGAAGCACGCAUUGACCCUUCUCUCGGAGGCCGAAAAGCAUCUCCGGGUUUCGUCUGAGAGAUCAACAUGGUUCACAGCCACUCUACUGCAAUUGGGCUCUUUUCCCUCAUCUGAUCGAACACACUCGGGCAGCAGCCGACGUCAGAGUUCUAAGGCAACUGACGAGGACCACACGAGUGGGGGUGAUGAGCUGUCAGUGGUGUACUCACAAAAUGAGGGCGAAAUGCGGAGGACGGGUUUGAGAUGUGGUAAUUCGAAGAUGUUGGGUAAUGUUUGGGCACAAUGUAUUGAUAAGUGCCAUUCGAAGACUCUAAGGCAGCUGCUUCAUUCGCAUGCGCGUCUUGUGUCGAUAUCUGAAGUUAAAGGUAAUGGUGGGAAAGACUUUACGAAAUAUGUGUUAAACGAAUUUCUAAUGAUCAUGCUUCUCCUUCCCACUGCAGGUGGUUUUGUGGCUCACAUUGGAUUUCUCGACAAAAGCAUCAAAGCCCGAGCUGAAGGUUUCCUCAGCAGCAUCACAAACUCGUUCGAAAUUGUCCUACGUCACAAUGUGGAGGUCCAAAUGAUCCUAUUGCCCGACUCUUUCAGUCAAAAACACACGGACACAAACAAAAACACAUCAUCCCUCUCUGAAAUACCCGAAACCCGUCAAACCAGGCCCGUUGGGCCCAUUUCCGAAAUUCCAAACACGAGCACGGCCAAGUCAGAAAAGUUUCCUGGGAAAAGAAUCGAAUCAAUCAUUCACGAGCAAAGACUGGAGACAGCUUGGCUGCAGGCGGUGGACAGGGGCACUCCCAGGUCAGCUGGGGCCCGUUUGAGGCCCGAGAGGAAUCAAGUGCUCCCACAAGAUGGGAUGAAUGAAUCUGGGCCGUUGGAUCGUGUGGAGCAGUGGGAGGAUGAUUUGAACCGUGAGAUCAAGGCCUUGAAGGUUAAUGAAGGAAUGGUGAGCCCACACAAGGAUCAGAUUGUUGCUAGGAGGGUGGAGCCCAGCUUUUUGCAUAAUAACAGCUUCACUCGAGAUAACAUUUUAGAAAUGUACAAUGAAAAUAUUGUGGUCCUGAGAUCCCCAUAUGAACUUGAAUCUUUUAAUAUCAUGAUUUCUGCCUGGGAUACGAAUCUGGACCAGGAGGAGCCGGUUGCGGUGGGAUGUUCUGCUGGAACAACAGUAGAACUGAAAGAAGCCGAAAGGUGCUGCAAAACCAGACUAAGUCAGGAACAACACCACUGCGCGGGCACAAAAGCAGUCGGUUUUCGUGGUUUGGAGAUACACAAGUCGACGCUUUCCAUUGCAUUUUCACCUGAAAGGGGAGAACUUGGAAGAACGAACGAGCAGCAGCUAGCAGCACUAAUGGCGAAGCCACUGGGACCCACAGGAGAGUUUUUCCGGCGGCGUGACGCGUGGCGGAAGCACCCCAUGCUGACCAAUCAGUGGCGCCACGCGACCCCAGGCCUUGGCAUCGCCGUCGUCGCCUUCGGCAUCUACCUCGUCGGCGAGGCCGCCUACAACAAGAUCUACGCGGCCCCUAAGUCUCAUUCUCAAUCCACCUCCUCUGCUUCGCACUGA